ACUUUCUAGUUUUAAGAGAUGUUUUCUUAGCAGAUGCGAUGAGAUUAAGUGUUUUCGUGGCCCUUUUGGUGAGUACGUGUUUCUCUUGGACAAGAUAGGUGAAUGUUUGUGCUGUUAGUUAAAGAUAUCAAACCUCAAUCGAAAGAACUGCGUCGUCUGACACACAUGGACUUAAGACACCCACUAGGCUACUAGAAAAUCUAAUUUAUGCUGUCUCCACAAUCAUCUGUAAUAGGGAUUUUUCACCUCUGCUUCAAAUAUGUCGUCUGUACUGUCAAAACUGAAGUUGUAGUGUCGUGUUUGAUGGUAAACUCGAAUGCAAGUGUUGUCCUUAGUGCAAAUGUGCUUCGUUUGCUCUUUUGAACAGGCCCCACAGCGUGGUUAAAUUUGUGGCAUUUUUUUCUCAUAAUGUGCGGCAAAAAUGUUGACAUCCCAAGCUUACUUCAAUACAGAAGCAAACAUUUUUCUAUUGGCGAAACAUUUUAUUUUUGUAUCUUAAUUUAUUGUUACCAAGGAUAGUAUCGGUAGCUAACGAUCAUUAACCUAACCACGCUUCACUUGACUUUUGACAAGGCUACAUACACCAAGGAAGCCUCCACCUUUUUCGACUUAAUCAAACCUCAGCUCAUACACCACUGAGCUAAAGUUAGCUGGGUCGAUUUGUAAACCUUUUAUUCAAUUCAAACUUUAACUUCUAAGAAUUGACAAUUACUUUUAAGACCAAUAUUUGGUUUGCAUUUAGCUAUUUUUAAACCUUUUUUGUUUAUAUUUGUUUAUUAAUAACUCCCUUGAGGAAUUCAAAUUAUUUCUCAAUGAAAGUGUUUAUAAUUCAGGUCAUUUAGCACCAUGGAGCUCUUGUAACCACAGAGUUGAUGGCAGUGAAAAGGUUACUUAUUAAGCGAAAUUGAGUUCUUCUUACAACACCACUUAUAUUUUUCCAACUACUUUUUUUGCUAAAUUUUGGUGAAUUUUCAUGAGUUUGAAUUUACAUGAAAUUGAAGGUCAUGCACCCGAAGAUCAAAAACAAAUCCACACUUCCAAUAUGUGAAUAAACCAUACCAGAUCAAAUAUGUAUCAGUCUACGUGAAGAGCUUGAUGCAUAAUCAGGCCCAAAUUAGCCGCGAGAUGGGCAUAGCAGCACGAUGGGUGAUUUAAUAUUUUCGCAUGUGACACGUGAUUUUCUUAUGAAAAUUCUGUGAUGGUUGUAACCUUUCAGUUGCUCAGAACUUCUGAAAGAAAGUAAUAUUGGAGUGCCUCAUUUUGUAUUAACAGAGACAAUAUAUUUCUUUGCAUUCUUUUUCAGUGUUUUGCGGCAUGUGGCCUAGUGUGUGGACUGAGUUGUCCUACAGGACAGUUUCGUUCAUCAGUUCCUGGACGUUGCUGCAAUCUUUGUCCUGCAGGCCACUUUAUGAGCAGAGAAUGCCAGACGUCAGCUAAUGACACGCAGUGCUCACCUUGCCGUUUAGGCACAUACAAUGCCAAAGAAAAUAAAGAUACGGCAUGUCGUAACUGUAGAACAUUUUGUCGAGAUCAGAAGGAAACAAUAGUGAAAAAUUGCUCUUUAGUUAGUGAUAUUCAAUGCAAGUGUUCAGAUAACUAUUAUCGAGAUCCACAUUCACUUCAAUGCAGAAAAUGCACAUCGUGUAUGAAAAAGGGCCACGUGUUGGUAUCUCGUUGUGAAGAAAACAAGGAUGCAGUAUGUAAGGCUUGUGGCAAGGUAAGACAAUAGCUGUAGGCUGCUUUUAUGUGAUAAGAUUCAUGUUGGUAAUCCUCUAUUUUCACUGUCGUGCCAUCAAAAAUAAAAGUGCAGACCAUUUAAUACAGAAAGUCCAGAACGUGGGAAAUGAAGGAAGAUAAAUGUACAAAAAGCCUUGCCAAGAGUCUUUGCGAUAUGUCGUAUGCAAGAUAUUAGGAAAAAAGGUUUCACCAAAAUUUAUAUAGCUUUGUAUGACAUUGCCACGUUGGUGUCCCUUUGAGGGGCAUUAAUCUGGCUGCCGGAAACCAACACAAACAUCUGUCUAAUGUGAGUUUUCCUACAAAUGCUUGUAUUCAUUGCUUGGGGAACUCAUGAAGAUUAGUGUAAUAUUUAUUCUGAGAGAGGAAUGUUUAGGUAACAGAAUCUCAAAAAAUUGGUAACGUUUUUAUACCACAUAAGAGCUUUCCUGGUAAUUUGCAAAAAUAAAAGUGUUUAGGUGGUGUAGUACCUCGUACAUGGAAGUAGAAACUCAGAAGAACUAAUAGUUUCUUAGUUUGAAUUUUGGUGACCUCAUUUUGAAAACUGGGAAUACAUUCAAAGGUUUGAACUCAACUGAGGGAUUUCUUGCGCCCCGAUUUAAGGUUGUGCUCUCAGAAAAGUUGAAGAGAGCCCAGACCUCUGAACAUGUGAAAUCCAGGGUGCACAGCAAAUGAUUUAUAUGAAGAAAGUAAGAUUUUCUAGUCACUUAGGAGCAAAAGUUAGACACCCGGAGCCACUGGGCACUGUUAGUGUACAGCCUUGCGAUUGGUCAAGAGCUAUAUUGGUCGGUAAUUAUAUGAUAAUUAUAUUUGGAGACGAGAGAGAAAAUUUUGUAUCUGGUAGUUCUAUUUCUUAUGCAUAAACACCACUGAAAUACCAAACCAUUUCACAUAUAUUGUUUUCUUUCUGUGAAAGGUGUGAUUUAUCUUGUUUUGUAGCCAUAGCAUGUGCGAAGAUAACAUGUUAUUUUCUCAUGUGAAGAUAUCAUGUUGUCCAUUUGCAGUUUUUUGUUUUAAUUUGUGGUUCUUCUGCAACUGUCUUUAUGUUAUUAUCUUUUCAGGAAAACUUUUUGUUAAAUAAUCAUUGUGUACCAUGCGAUCGCUGCCGUAAAGGAGAGUUUGUGGUGGAGGAGUGUUCGCCAAAACAAAACACUACUUGUAGGAAACUUCCAACAAGUACACCCCCUUCCUCUUCUCCACAUAUUAACUCUCAAGAACCAGUUACUGGGACUAAGCCUGUUGAAAGAGGUACUGUACAUGCCAUGUAAUUAUUGUUACAAGACAAAAUUAAAUUCAGGUUAAUAGUUUUUAACCUUGGUUGAUUCUCGAUUUCCUUUGUCUCCUUUAGAAGACAGUCCAAAACGUGUACAUUGUCUUGUUGAUUAUCUUAUAAUCAAAGAAGAAAGAGAAUUUGAUCACCCAAACGUACAGAAAAAAUUCUGAGCUCACUGAUCCACAGUAAAAAAAUAUUUCCAAUGAUUGAUUCACUGCAACAUCAACAUGUUGAAAAUUUCAACCAUUGAAUUCUUUACAGAAACGUAUGAACACCAUCCCUGAUAGUAAGUGCAAACCAAGUCUUUACUGUUUUCCUAUUAGUCAUAGCCAAAUAGAGUUUCUAAAACAAAAGAAAUAGGCAUGUUUGAUUGGUUAGAAUAAUUGAGUACACCAAAGAGAGCCAUAUGCCACUCUCAGGAAUUUGAGGAGACAAAAGGUAUGGGACUCUUGGUUGGGAAAAGGUUAUUCCAAAAACUACCUGCUGUUCUGUAAACUUGUAGUGUUAGUAUUAGGCUUUUACUGCAGAUUUGUGCUGCCAGGACUUUGUAUAGAAGUGUGAGAGUACUUUUUUCUUAGCAUUAAUUUGCUUCAUGUCCCUUCAUUGAAAGUUGUUAUAAAAAGGAAUUGAUGUUCUUACUUAAAUUUAUAUUUUGCAGCUGACCUUAACCCAACACCAGCUGAGAUUAAAGCUCAAAAGACGUUUCAGGAUGAGAUGUGGGUGUAUCGUGCUGUCAUAAUGCUAUUAGUGUUGAUCAUAUUAGGCCUGGUUCUUCACCAGAAAAUAAACUUAUGCCAAACAAUUAAAACUAAAGUCACCACCCUGAAGAAAUGCUCGGGUCCAAAAGGUGAGGAAGCUUUUACAACUUUGAAGCAUUUAAGCUUUUCAAAAAUGUAGUGAAUAGCAUGAGGUUGCCCCUUUGAUGUUAACAUCUUGUAGUCGUAAAGAAGUUUUUAUCUCACUUUAAAUAAUUGUACGACUGAUACUGACACUUUUGUGGCAUCUUUAUUUCAGAAUCAUGUGCUGUGUCAGCUGGUACCUCAUUGGUUAUAAAAGGUAACUGUGAUUAAGCUUGAUUGUAGUAUCAACCAGAGAACUGUCUCCCUUAUGAUGGGUGCUGCUAUUAAAGGGCGUGAAAGUACCUAGGGCUGUCGCUAAGGGUAUACCUACUAACUCACGCGCCUUAGGCGUGAGUCUCACGCCUGCGGGUUGAAAACUUCGAUCUCACGCCGGCUCACGCCUGCGGGCCAAUUUCUCACGCCUGAUUGAAAAAUGUGAGUUGUUGCCGUCUUGCUUGACACAAUUUCCAAAAAUAUGUUAACUCAGACCCAUGUAAGGAAUGAAAACCAUGUGUAAAAUGAAUAAAUGACAAUACCUUCCUCGCAAUCUCUGAUUUUUGAAGUGAAAAGCACUGGGAGCGAGCUCGCCUUCGGCAGACUUCGGACGUCUUCAGAAGAUUUCGGACGUCUUCGGAAGACCUCGGACUUCUUCGGAAGACCUCGGACUUCUUCGGAAGACUUCGGACUUCUUCGGGAAUCUUCGGAAAUGAUCGUGUCGUCUCCAAAAAUCCCAGCACUCCCAGGAUAAAAAUCUCACGCUUAUAUCUCAGAAAAAGUUGGCAAGUAUAUAAGGGGGUUGUCCACACCUGGUCUUGACCUCAUCAUCAGGCACUGUUCCUGAAUGUUAGCAUUAAUACUUGAAAAAUGGGUGUGUUCACAGAAGUGCCCAGCGAGUACCAUACUCAGGCACCAUGCCUGGGUGUCAAUGAUUUCAAAGUGCCGGUACAGGAUUCUUGUUAACUGCUAGCAGUGGUCCAAAAAUGGACCUUUUUCAAUUUUGAGGCGCUUACUGUGAACAGGGUAAUGUGAAGGAUUGAGUGCCUGAAACUGCCUUCAGGAUUGGAGGGCCAAGUCAUUUACUUGUACUUUCUAGUUCAUGUGGCAAACAUCCUGUAUAUUGCUAGGACUACUUAUGCGCUGUGAUGUACUCUAACAAGAGGAAAUACAUCAGUGAUAGCAUCUCUUCUUUUUCUUUUUGUCAAAUAGAAAAUAACUUCAAAUUCAGUAAAACCCCAGCAGAUGUGACCGAGAGGCUAGCAAUGCUCCUAAAUGCAAGCAAGGAUUGGAAGAGGUUGGCGGGUCUUAUGAAUUAUAGCAGCGUAUAUACACAAAAUUGGGAUCUCACACCAUGUGAGGCAACCCAAAAGCUGUUGCAGGACUGGUCACAGCGCUCAGAUGCCACAGUCUUUACUCUGUACCAGUUCUUGAAGGAGCUCCGUAGGGAUGAUGCCGCAUCGUUGCUUUUGCCAUACCUCACUGGUCAGGUUCCCGAGUGUGAGACUGUGUAAGGAGAAUUCAUGUUUGUCCUCGACCUUCAGCUUCACUCUUGCGAUACUUAAAGGGGCUAUUUCACAAGGAUAAUGCUGCCAUUUCUGUCCUAAAGUCAUUACCAAGUACCUUUACCCAUACACAAAAUGCUCCUGAAGAGUUCUAAAGAACAUAUAUAACACAAAUUUCAUGAGGGAGAACUAUAAAACCAUAAUGAUUUUGGGAGGGAUUUUUGCAGGCUUUAAAAAGGUCGCUCCAACUUUAUCAAGUUGCAAUCCAUGUCCAUCCUUGCCAUCCGUUGCAACAGAAGACAGGAAACAAUUUCAAUGCCUGAAUAUAGUCUUAAAAACAAAACUGGGCCAUUAUUUGUAAAGUUUAAUUGAUGCAAAAAACUUUUGGCUUUUUGAAAAGAUAGCAAAUAGCGUGAAAUAGCCCCUUUUAAAAUGUAAAUUUCUGGGCAUGGGUGUUUCUUGUUACUGUGAAAACAAAACUAUUUUGGUCAACUGUUCUGCUGUAGUGUGAGGAAUUUCCUUUCAGUGCUAUUGUAGGGGACCAUUAAAGUAGCCUGCAAAUACAGCCAUCUUUUCUUGCUCCUAGCCAUUAGGGAAAGUUCACAGGAGAGACGUCUACCCCACAACAUCAGAGACUCCAUAAUGAUGAUGUAAAACAAUGUUUGCUUGAUUAAUUUGGUAGUCAUGCGGUUUCAAUAUUUGUGUGUGUUUAUACGAGUUGAGUUCUUCUGUGAACCAGCUGCAGCAAAACUCAAAUGCUUUUUCUAAAGAACGAUGUAUUUCACACGGAAUAACGACUGUUGAUUGAGAUUCAUAGUGCUUUCAUUUGACCUUUGUGACUGUUUGUCUGUUUGUCUUUUGUCGGUCAUUUGCAAACAAUAACUACUGCGUCAACCAAUCAGGGCUCCUUACCAGAUUCCAGACAGUUUUUAUGUAAUGAGAAAUUCUGUUCUUGGGUCACAGACAUCUCUUUUGCAAAACUUUCCUAGUGCAGUGGCGGAUCCAGGGGGAGGGUCAGGGGGUACAAACCCACGUAUCAGACCUUACGCUUGUUUGAGACUGAAAUUCUUACAUCAACAGGAUCAUCGUAAUUUUAUAUCAUUUUUUAACUUUCUGAUAUUUUUCAUGAAAUACACAUUGCAUGUUGCCACUAAACUAAAUUCCAGGGAUAUUCAAAAAUGUAAUUGAUUUUGAGUACCAUCCUGUGAUAUGUUCGCCUAUCGCAAAGCAGUAUUUCCCGUGCCAAUGGCGACUGGCGUUCACAGAU